UUUUUUUUUCAUUUAGUCUUUAAGUUAUGGACGAAUAAUCAAAACCAGAAUGGAAAGGUCUGAUCGAAACAAGAAGAAACUGUUUUUUUCAGACACUGAACAAAAAAAAAAUAGUCAAAACGUCUGUCUAGUGCUAGUGCACUAAAUAAAAGGUUCUAUACUAUUAAUCUGCUUGGAUGGGGCAAUGAACGGCUUUGAAGUCGAUGCCUUUCUAGCUGGGUGGAUAGGGGGUUCAAUUUCCUGGGUCAUGGCCACACCAGCAGAUGUUGUAAAAAGUCGUCUUCAGGCAGAUUCAGUUUAUCAAAGAAAAUAUAAAGGGAUUGUCCAUUGCAUCCUGCAGAGUUACAAGACUGACGGGCUACAGGUAUUUUUCCGCGGGGUCACUGUAAAUGCCAUCCGGGGGUUCCCCAUGAGUGCCACCAUGUUCCUGGCCUACGAGCUUUCCCUCAGGUUCUUCAGGGGUCUGUAGUGGACUGGGAGCACCCGCUGGCCUCCCUGAGUCUACCUCAGUCUCUCACAUUGCUGAGGACUGGGUGGAGCUUCUCCUCCCCAGGCUUGCAGAAUGGAACACACUGGAGAGAGAGAGACUACGUGCUGGAUGACUUGAGAUUUUAUAACUGCAGGUUUAAAGACUGCGGAGGAGAUUGUGGAUAUCUCUGAACAGUAUAGACCCUGUAUAUAUAUAGUCUUAGCUGGCUACAGGAUGUUUCCAUUACAAUAACUCUAUAGGAACUUAAUAAAGACACUUUGAGAAGAAAAUAGUCUUUGAAAAAUAAAGUUACAUCUAAAACAGGCAUUCUUUCACUUCGUAGGGCGGAUGGACAGACAGAGAUUAAGGAACUCUGAUGAGCCACCAUACGAACAGACUGGAGUAAUUAGUAUAAAUUAAGACCUACUUUACUGAGCAAUAGAGGAAAGAUCCAAGUAAUUUGGUUUUAGAUUUAGUAACAGACACAUAUAUUUAUAGUACAAAAAACACUGACAGAUAGAUUCAAAUAAAAUCAUGCAUAGCUUCAAAACAACGGCCGAAUUUGAAAGUAUAGAAUGGUAAUGUUAAAGUGUACCAGCAGAGGGACCCUGUGUUCCACAAUGCAGAACCAGGGUCCUGUGCUGUGGGUGCCACUGCGGCUUGGGGAAAGGAAACCAGUUCUAUUACAUUGAAACUAGAGGGCGCUAUUUCUUUACAGUAUUCGAGAAUAAAAAAAACAAAACAGGCACACAGAUCUUUUAGUAAACUGCAAAAUGCACAGGGAUAAUACCGAUCACAAACCUUUAACCAUUAACAUCAACAUCACUUUUGCAAUAUUUUCUAUGUACUUGUGGAGGGCUGAUAGUCGGAUACAGUUCUCAUGCACUUCGUAUAAUGUGUCUGGCUUCAGGACGAGUGUGUGAUCCGCUUCUGUGUGAUAUAAUGGGACUGUGGAAGGAAGAACCUUCACACUGCAUUAGUCAGAAAGUGGUCUUCAGCGCCUUUGUUUUCAGGGGUUUAUUCUGGUGGGGUGGGGUGUGGAAUCUCAUCAUUGCAGAGGAGCAGGGGGGCAUUGUAAGCAGUGACUGCAGUUACAUUAUUUUAAGCCCAUUCGUCUUGAUUUUGAAUUUGUUUCAGGAUAAAACGGUUAGGGGGUUUGAGAAGUUGCCCUGCCAAGACUUUGAAAAGGCAUACAUGCAUUAUAGCAUACAUAGGAAACUUCUAAUGGUACAGUGACUAAAGUGGAUGAAAGAGACAGUGAAGUUGCCCUUCAUGUUUUACUGCUGUGAUGUAUUUUGUAUCAUUUAUUUGAUUGGUUUGUCUUUAUACCAUAUAUUAUGGCGCCUUGAAAUCACA